UCAGCCGCAGGCUAUCGAUAGUUCAUUGGCAAACAUUACGUUCCGAGCCAUCUACAGGAAAAUAAUCUGUGCUUACGUUUAUAUAAAGGAUUACACAAGUACAGAAAAAUACCUCAGGGAACUCCUCCUAUACCUAGACUCUAAUGACACCGCUGAAAAAGGAUGGCUACAUUUAAACCUGGCAGAAAUACUUCAGGUACAAAGUAAAUUAAUGGAGGCCUGGAAACUUUACGAAUCAGCAACUAAAAUAAUGAAAGCGAUGGAAAACACACAUGGCCAGGCACUAUGUUAUGCAAAGCUCGGAGUAAUGUUGCAAUCGUAUAGUCAAUAUGACAAGGCCCGAGAACAUCAGGAGAAAGCACUCGCUAUCAAAAAAGAAAUUGGAGACAGGAAUGGAGAAGCAACAAGCUACGGAAACCUAGGAACUUUGUUCCAAUCACUCGGUCAAUAUGACAAGGCCCGAGAAUAUCAAGAGAAAGCACUCGCUAUCACAAUAGAAAUUGGUGACAGGGAUGGACAAGCAACAAGCUACGGAAACCUAGGAACUUUGUUCCAAUCACUCGGUCAAUAUGACAAGGCCCGAGAAUAUCUGGAGAAAGCACUCGCUAUCAAUAUAGAAAUUGGUGACAGGGAUGGAGAAGCAACAAGCUACGGAAACCUAGGAACUUUGUUCCAGUCACUCGGUCAAUAUGACAAGGCCCGAGAAUAUCAGGAGAAAGCACUCGCUUUCAAAAUAGAAAUUGGUGACAGGAAUGGAGAAGCAAAAAACUACGGAAACCUAGGAACUUUGUUCCAAUCACUCGGUCAAUAUGACAAGGCCCGAGAAUAUCAGGAGAAAGCGCUCGCUAUCAGAAUAGAAAUUGGUGACAGGGAUGGAGAAGCAACAAGCUACGGAAACCUAGGAACUUUGUUCCAAUCACUUGGUCAUUAUGACAAGGCCUGUGAAUAUCAGGAGAAAGCGCUCGCUAUCAGAAUAGACAUUGGCGACAGGCAUGGAGAAGCAACAAGCUACGGAAACCUAGGAACUUUGUUCCAAUCACUCGGUCAAUAUGACAAGGCCCGAGAAUAUCAAGAGAAAGCACUCGCUAUCAAAAUAGAAAUUGGUGACAGGAAUGGAGAAGCAACAAGCUACGGAAACCUAGGAACUUUGUUCCAAUCACUCGGUCAAUAUGACAAGGCCCGAGAAUAUCUGGAGAAAGCACUCGCUAUCGAAAUAGAAAUUGGUGACAGGUAUGGAGAAGCAACAAGCUACGGAAACCUCGGAACUUUGUUCCAAUCACUCGGUCAAUAUGACAAGGCCCGAGAAUAUCUGGAGAAAGCUCUCGCCAUCGAAAUAGAAAUUGGUGACAGGAAUGGAGAAGCAACAAGCUACGGAAACCUAGGAACUUUGUUCAAAUCACUCGGUCAAUAUGACAAGGCCCGAGAAUAUCAAGAGAAAGCACUCGCUAUCAGUAUAGAAAUUGGUGACAGGAAUGGAGAAGCAACAAGGUAUGGAAACCUAGGAACUUUGUUCGGAUCACUCGGUCAAUAUGACAAGGCCCGAAAAUAUCAGGAGAAAGCACUCGCUAUCAGUAGAGAAAUUGGUGACAGGAAUGGAGAAUUUUACUGCCUUUGUCAACUAUCGGUGUUAAAGGUGUCACAAGGUCAUCUUGAAGAGGCUUCUUCGUAUCUUUUUCAAGGCAUCCAAAAGUUCGAAACUUUGAGAGGUUUUCUUAAAGAAAGCGAUCAGUUUCAAAUAUUUCUUUUAGAAAAGCACGGCACCUUUCCCUACAACUUGUUCAGUAGGUUGCUUUCUUCCACUGGAAAGCCGCAAGAUGCCCUUUACGUCGAAGAGCUGAGAAGGGCAAAAGGCCUGGCCGACUUGAUGGCAACUCAGUACUCUGUUCAAGAGCAGAUCUCAAGCGAUCCACAAUCUUGGUGUGGCAUUCAAGGGAUCAUCACAAAAGAAGCAGACUGUGCAUGCCUGUACAUUUCGGUUGGUCAAAAUGGGGUACGGUUUUGGAUCAUUAAAGCAACGGGAGCUAUUCUUUUUUCAGAAAAGAAAGUGAACCUGGACCAAAACAAGGUGACCGGAAUAAUCCCUGAUUUAGAUGAGUAUUUUAAAGAAACCUUCCGCAGUUACGCCAUUUUACCAGAACAGAAAUGCGAAGAUCGAUCUUUAGAUGACACCGAACUGAUGUCACUUCACUACGACAACCGUUCAGUGCUGCGUGACUAUGAUGCCGAAGAUUUCAAAACAAGUCUUCACUUGUGUUACAAGAUAAUCAUCGCUCCUGUGGCCAGUUUACUGAAGCAGCCCGAGAUCAUAAUUGUCCCUGAUUCCUGUGUGUACCAAGUGCCAUUUGCAGCCUUGGCUGACGAAGGAGGCAAGUAUUUAUCAGAGACAUGCAGGAUUCGGCUGAUUCCCUCUCUCACGACUCUCAAGUUUGUUCAAGACAGUCCUCCAGACUAUCACAGUCAGACCGGGGCACUGAUAGUGGGUGACCCUGUGGUUGGAAAGGUGAUUCACAAGGGAAGGCUCAGAAAUAUAACACCAUUGUCGUGUGCAAGAAAGGAAGCAGAGAUGAUUGGAAGACUUCUUGGGGUAACGCCUUUGAUAGGAGACUCCGCGAAAAAGCAUUCUGUACUCCAAUCGAUGAAGUCAGUGAGCCUGAUACACAUUGCUGCCCAUGGUGAUGCAGAAAGAGGGGAGAUUGCUCUUUCUCCUGAGCACCCUUCCCCACUCCCACCUUUUCCUCGAGAAGAAGAUUAUCUUUUGACGAUGGCGGAUAUUUCAAAAACUCAGUUGCGAGCUAAACUAGUGGUGCUUAGUUGUUGUCACAGUGCUCGUGGACAGAUUAGAACCGAGGGAGUAAUUGGACUUGCCCGAGCGUUCUUAGGAUCCGGAGCUCGUUCAGUGUUAGCGGCACGAUGGGCUCUGGAUGACACAGCCACAGAGCAGUUCAUGACUUGUUUUUACAAACAUUUGUUCAGCGGUGAAAGCGCCAGUGAAUCUCUCCACAAGGCCAGGAAGUGGAUGAGAAAUAACGGCUUUGACAAAGUUUCUCAAUGGGCGCCAUUUAUGAUCAUGGGCGACAACGUGACAUUUGAUUUUAGAAAUUGGCCGGUGCCCAGCGCACCUUAA